CAUUUUUUUAUAAUAUUUCAUCUUCCCCAAUCAACUAAACCCUCACCCCAAUCAAUUCAUCUUCCCUAACCCUCGCUACCACUGCUUAGUCCUUCACUCCUAUCACAUUUCUUGCAUCACCGUUGGCUCGUGUUUAUCUUUGUAUGCUUACACACUUCUACGCUAGGUCGUGCGAGUGUGUAAGCGUGCAUUAUCUUUGAAAUGCUUACACAGUACCCAUACGCUAGUGUCUAUAUAAACCCAUCCCUAGAUUCAAAACAAAUCACACCUUCUCUAAAAUCAAAUUACAAAAAAGAAAAAGAAAAAAGAAAACAUGGCUAAGCUAGCAUCUAUUGGUUCUAUUCUAACAAUCUCAUGCCUUCUCCUAUUCACGCAAGAUGUGUAUGCGAGAAAGCAAGUCCCCGUCGCGGAGAAAGAGAACCUCUUCCUCCGCGACAUCUUCCUAGGGAAAGAAAAGAUCGUGAAGAUCCAUUUAUACGUCCAAGAUCUUCGGGUGGGACACCCCAACGCCACCGUGUUCGAGGUGGCGACAUCCUCCAUAACCAAUACGUCUCCGUACAGCUUCGGCAGCAUCCAUGUCCUCGACGACCUGAUCACGGAGGAGCCGGACAUCAACUCCCGGCCGCUCGGCCGCGUCCAAGGGCUCACCACCAACGCCGACCUCUCGACGUUCGGCAUCCACUUGAACCUCAACUUCUACUUCACGGUGGGGAAGUUAGCCGGCAGCACGCUCAGCAUCCUCGGCCGGAACCAGAUCUUGGACGACCAACGGGAGUUUCCGGUGGUCGGCGGCUCCGGUAUUUUCCGAUUUACUCGUGGAUAUGCAAUCCAGACCUCCUACCCCAUGGAUCCGGCCGUCGCUAAUUACGGGGUGUUGGAAUACACCAUCUACGCCACCUACGACUCUAAGCUCGGCGAGAGUGAUGUUGUUGAGAUUGCUCAAAUGUGAGGGAAUUCAAAUCGAGACUUCGAUUGUGUUAUACAUAUGUUUACGUGCGCGAUGAUGAAAUGCGGUCUGUUGUAUAUAAUUAUCGCAUUCAACGUGAGUUUGUUUUUCUUGUAUUUGGUAAAAGACGCUUUAAUUAAGAAAUAAAAGAUGUAUGCCUGUGUUGGCCAA